CCCCUUCUCUCUCACUCAGGCAUACAUACACUUUCAUGCGGAGACUGGAGGACUAUUAAUAUUUUUUUCGUCCAGGUCGUUUUAAUCCGUUCUAGAGAAGCGUUUAUCAUGCUAAUGUCUCUUGGUUUACUGCUAUUUCCAACAGCCUAACAAAAGUUGAAGUCUGACAUUUUAAUUAAGUCGUCACUUGACUGCGAAUAUUUUUUUUUUCCAAUACGUGCUCUCAGGAGGAUAUAUACUUAGUCGCAUUCCGUGUGAAAAACUGAAGGAAGCUCUUCACACGGGAAGACUGGGUUUGUGUUUCGAGGCUUUGGUCGCCUGAGGCUCUCUCGCACCUGCCAGCAAAAUGUCUGCCCCGGAUGCCACUGCUAGCCCUGGAGCCCCUGGAGCCCCAGAGGGUGAGGGGGGCUCAUCCGCCCAACCUCCCAACCUCACCAGCAACCGUCGUCUCCAACAGACACAGGCCCAAGUGGAUGAGGUGGUUGAUAUCAUGCGUGUGAAUGUGGACAAGGUUCUGGAAAGAGAUCAGAAGCUAUCAGAACUGGACGACAGGGCGGACGCGCUGCAGGCCGGAGCAUCACAGUUUGAGAGUAGUGCUGCUAAACUGAAAAACAAGUACUGGUGGAAGAAUGCUAAGAUGAUGAUCAUGAUGGGAAUUAUUGGGGUCAUCUUGAUGGGCAUUCUUUUCAUGUACUUCUACUACUGAGCCUCUCGUGGGACGCACAAGGACAGGAGACUCAGGCUUUGUGUGAACUCCACCCCUCCUUUUCUCCCCACCAAUGCCUUUCAUUGAAUCAAUCCAGUGUGUGUGUGUGUGCAGUCAUUGACGCAGUGCCUCUCCCUCCCUUUGUCUGUCACUGCAUUUCUUUGUACCUCUCUUGAGUGCUUUGCAACAGUGCCCGAGCUUGGAGUUAGGAAUAUCUACUUAUGUUUUUAGAUUGGAAAAUGUCUUGGCCUUUUUCAGGCCAAAAAAAAGUGAUGCAAUAAUAUAGGUUUGCAGCACUGGUCCAAAUGAACCCCUGAAUAACUAAAGAGGGAAAAUGAAAUGCAAAGAUCAGUUAAGUUUGAGUUUAGGAUCAAGUCAUGCAAGUUUAUGCAUAGAAGCCAAAGCGUACUAUUUUACAACUGCUGUCCCCUAUCACUAACAAAGUGCAUCUGCACUAAAAAAAAAAUUAUGUACACAAUAUUUUUAGCCCUUCUUCAUAUAGUAAAUUCCUAGCAGCAACAUGUUUUCACUUCUUAAAAUGGACCAUUAAAACCCUGAAUGAUUUUAGAGAGGUAAAGACCAUAUUAAAUGUCUGAUCUAGGAUAAUUCCUUCUAUAUCAUGUAAAACAGUGCAAUUUUUUUUUUUAAGAUUUAAAACGUUUAAAAAAAAAAUGAGAAAGAUUGUAGGAUGUUUCACUUAAGAGUCUGCAGUCAACUUAAGGGGAACAUCUGAUCACAAAUCGUCACUUUUGCUCUUUGAUGUUGUGUUUUUGACAUUAAUGUCAGCCAGAAGAUCAGUUGAGUUUGGAGGAAAAAACAGGGAUGAAAAAAGAUUUGGAGUAAAAUGAAGAUUGAACAUUACAUCAGCGACCACAAUAGAAAAUAUUUUGAUUUAAAUAGUUUUUCUAUGUUUUGUAUUUAUAUGUUCAAGAUUAUUGUGAUGCAAUUUAUUUUAAUGUUUAAUGCCAUUUUUAAAAAAAUGGGUAAAUUGGCGGAAAUUUUGAUCCUGAUCGUAUUAACCCCUUGCACCUCCUGACUUUACUGGCACUAUGAUGUCUUUGGAUUGAAUUAAUAACUACUGAUAUGCAAAACUAAAAGAGAAACGAUAAUGUGACUAGUUUAAUGUAUUUGUAAAUAUUUAGGAUUCAGUGUGGGAGCAGAAACCUAAUCAGCACUGGAGACGACAAUGUUCAGGGAUGUUCCUCUGCAUGUGUUUGUUAAAUAUACAUGGGCACUUUAACUACCUUCGUUAUAGUGAUUGUAAGUUUAACAGGACAUUUUUUGGUAAUAAGGACAUAUUGUCCAGCACCUAAAACUAUGAGAAUUUGCUCUUAUUAAUGUGGAAUUUAAUGCAAGAUCAUCAUGUGUGAAUAACCUCCUCUACAUUAAGCAUUAACCCAAACUAGCUAAUGCAGGGCAGUGAAUGUUAUACCUUUAAAAAAAUGUUUUAUGCAUUCUAUUCAUUUGUAGAUACGUGCUGCAGAAAUGCAUAAAAUAAGUUCUGGCCCUGAGCAUUUGGAGCCAAGCUGCUAACUCGUGGUUCAUUUGAAAGCAUGUCUGCUUGCCCACCAUGUGCUGAUUCUAAUAAAGUGCUGAUGCUGUUA